AAUGCUGGAAAUAGUUUAGGAAAGCCGCGUGGGUUGUUUUGUUGACUUGUGCAACCUUGGUGCCCUCUCCCCGCUUGCGGCCUCCCGCCUGCCCUGCUGCUGCUGGACCACGUGCUCCGUUGGCUGCUGCGGAGGAGCGCUUUCCAGGGCAAACAGUCGCUUUUUGUCGCUAGUGCCUCGUCCAUCCACUGUUUUUGCCCCAUGGGAUUUUUCUAGCCGGUGCCACACGCACAGCCGCAAUCAGGACUGAAGGAGAUAUAUAAUUCCAGACAUGGCGGCCGCCGUGGAGUCGUCGACUUCUGCUUUCGCAACCCCGCAGCCGGGGGUGCUGUCCGUGCGCCAAUACGAAACCACGCCUAACCUCAGCAAGAGCAUGGUGGACGGAGACGUCAUUGCCACCACCAGAGAGGAGGAAUGGGUGACAAAGAAAAAGACGGAGUUGACCACAACUCGCCAAAUCGAAACACGGGUCAAGCGGCAACUGGUGCUGGAGGAUGGCAAGGUGGUGGAAGACUCGGGGCCGAUGGUGUCCACCAACACGACGGAGGACACUGAAAAACAAGAGCAGAAACACACCGAGCACAAGACGACAGGAGACGAGCCUCCAGGCGAGGGGUGGGUCGCCCUGCCCGUCGAGGGAGACGGCCUGGUGCGCGAGGUGCGCGAACGUACCGUCCACAGCAACGAACAGAAGCGUCACGUGCGCGAAACAGAGCAGCUGCAGACCCUCGGCGACCUUUCAGACCAGGCGUACUUGGAGGCGGUGCAGACGCGUCAGGACGUGCGUUCGGUGUUGCGCAGGCCGGAGGACGCGUCUGCGUUGGUGACCGCGCCUCGGCUGGUGCACGAGUCGCGCUCGACGCGGCGCGUGGUCGACACGGAUGACGCGCAGGAGCUGAGCCGCGCGCACCAUGGCGGAGUGAUCACCGAGACGCGGCGCACCACCGAGCACGAGGAGACAAACGACGACAACAGGCCCGAGGACGGUGCCAGCGAGGACGAGCACGAGCUCGACGCCGGCCACGGCACGCAGCGCUUCGCGCACACCAAGGAGCAGGCGCUAGUUACCUACCUCGGCACCGGCGGACGCGUCGUUGGCGAACAGAUGCGAUAUCAGGCGGAAAAUGUCGAGGGCGACACCGAGGGGAUGGCCGACCCCGAGUGGGAGAGCCUGUCGACGCGGAUGCAGCGUGCGCGGCGGCAGCAGGUCGGCGUGGCCGGCGUCAACUCGCCGCUGGCCGAGAAGCAGCAGCAGGCGGCACUGGCCGCGGCGCAGGCCCGCAAGGACGCGCUGACCAAGCGGCCGCUCGACCUGGACGCCGAGGAGGAGACGCGCAAGGUGGAGACGUCCAAGUGGUUGGAGCACCACUUCGGCAGCGAGUCGCGCAGCUCCAAGAGCUCCAUCGACGAGCAGCCGCUGCCGUCCGCCGCCAACUUCAUCAACGUGACCAUGAAGUCGCGGCCGGUGCGCGCCACACCCAGCCCUUCGGAGCAGAAGACGCGAGUCUUCCUCUCCAGCAGCCCAGAGGUGCCACUCCCGCCCGCCCCAAUCCUGCCACACGCCUCAUCCACCCCUGUCAAGGUGGAUGACGUCCGCCGCAGCAGCAGUGGAGGCGGCAGUGCCACUUUCUUCCAGGUCAGACAACAAGCCGGGGUGUCCGAGUGGGCGGAGCGGCGGCCGAGUCCGCCCGCGCUGACGCUGGCCUCGAACAACGUGAGCCCGCGGGUGUCAAGCCUGGUCGAGGCGCUCAACCGAGCCAACGCGAGCACCUCGCCCACUCAGCAGCUCGGCGGCAGGUUGCAGGCUGCCUCUCCAGUCGCCGUCGCAGUCGCCUCUUCCGCGCCGAGCCACGCAGGCCGCGUGUCUUCCCCAGUCAUGGGCUACACCAGCAACCACUCUGCCAGGCCCGUCUCGCCGCCGCACCAGGAACUGCGCUCGUACGAAGAUGAGCAGGUGACCUGGAAGGGCCGGACGGCGACGACCUCAGCGGCGAGACAGCAGCUGGCUCGAGGCCAGCUGGACAGCUCAACGCACCAGCGGCUGGACCGGCACCGCAGCGUCGAGCUGCUGCGUUCGCGAGAGAACCUGGCCAAGCUGGAGCGGCGAUAUUCGAGUCCGCGCGAGCUCGAACCGCCGCCGGACUACUCGCCGAAGCACCAGCGCCGACGCGGCAACAGCAGCCCGUCGCCGUCGCCGCCGCUGCACAACCAGCAGCGCCGGAUGAACCAGAAGACGCGUUUCGCGGACCAACAGCACCACCAGAACAGCAACAGCAACAGCAAAAGCUUCUCGUUCGGCGACUCGCUGCGUCGACUCGUGGGCAAGCUGCGCUCCGGCGGCGGCGACAAGAAGAGCAAGGGCAAGGCGGUCGGCAACCACGCUACGCAAAACAACACCCACCACCACCAUCAUCAGCAGCAGCAGCAUCACCAGCAGCAGCAGCAGGUGCGCAGGGCCAACGACUACAGCACUGGAAGCGAAGGGGAAGAGCGGCCGCGACCCCCUCCAAGGCACAGGCAGAGGUACUCGUCGCCUCCGCAGCACCAACAACAGCUUUACCGCUCGUCAGACAUGGAGCCUCGCAGAUAUUAUCUGGGCGAAGACCCGUUCGGCGGCAGCAUCUACGGCAGGGAGAAGGAGUACGACGGCGUGACGCCGCCCGGCGAGCGCUCGCGACGCACGCACCGCACGACGGGGCUGCGCAGGGGCUCGCAGGACGGCGUGGAGGAGGUCAGGAACUUGCAGCAGCUGCGAGCAGGCACCCACAGUCCACCACGAAUGCACACAACAACGCUGGGUCGGUACAGCCGUUCGACGGGCCGGCUGCAGCAGCAAGAGGAGUCGGCGCCGCGGUCGACGCAGACCCUGCCGCGCAAGCUGUCGUCUUCGAACCACACGCCGACGCAGAAGCCGCUCAAGAGCGCCGGCAGCAUGAUUAACGUGUCCAUCGUGAACAGAGUGAGCUCGCCGAGCGGGCCGGCGCCACCGCCGCCGGCGCCGCCCAUGUCGAACGGGCCCGCGAAGCCGGCGCGCACGUACCGCUCCAACCUGGCCCGCAGCCAGAGCUUCAACGUCGUCGAGGCCCCAGCGCCGCGCAGGCUGUUCCAGCAGCAGAACGCGCCCAACAAGUCCUCCUCAUACUUCAGAUCCAAUCCGCACCUCCACAAGUUAGACGAGAAUGGGCCCGAGCUGAAGAGCCCUGGUAUCAUCUCCAGCAUCAACCGCAGUCAGAGAGACAUUCACGAGGAAAUCAAAGCAGAGGAAACGUCAGCAAAUGUUGAUUCAAAGAAGAGACUGUUUAUGAAGGGCCUGUUGGACCGGGCGCCGGAACUGUACCAAACGCUGAACAGCAUCGAGACGACGGACACGCCUUCGGGCAGGCCGGCGUCCGGGGCGUCGCGAGUGACCUACAGCAGCUCUUUCCGCAGCGACCUGGCGCCGGGCGUGCGACCUGCGCGGCGACCGUCCAACACGAUGCUGUCGCCGUCGUCGUCGUUCCGCAACACGUCGGCCAACGGCGACUACACGGAGACGGUGCGCUACACGUCCAGCUCGGACGACCCGAUCAGACCGUCGGUGACCAACACGGUGCAGAGCUUUUCCAAGAAGACGGUGGCGUCGCCCAGGGCCAACGGCGCAGUCGCCACGCAGACGGUCAAAUCGACCGAGACGACGACUGUGACCAAGAGCAACCGCGCCGCCCCUACGUACCUCAGGCACUACCACGUCGAGUCGCCGACGAGGCCGGGGGUCGUCAUCGAGGUCGGCAAUCACCGCUGAAAACGGAAAAAUUUUAAAGGGAAACAGACAAUCGGGUCAACAGCUGACACAAAAGUGCCAAUUUUCUGUGCCAGUGCUUUGCUUGUUUGGACACAAACACACACACACACAUGAAUAAUGGAAAAUUAGAUGGUUUUAUAGAGGAAAUUGUUACGAUUUUCUUAUGUAAAAAGCACUAUUCGUAUUUAACAUCUAUUUGCCAUUUUUGUGAGCCCUUAUAAUGAUAUAUAUUUAACAACGUUCUGAAACUUAAGAGAUAUAUGUAUUUUUAACGUACAUUUUAUGCAAGAUAUGUUCGAAGUGAUUGACCAAGCAAAUAAACAUAUACCUAAAAUUA